UACCUAACACAUUUCUUAGCCCUUGCAUACAAAGUUCAAGUGAAUAAUUUUAGAUAUUUUUCCAUAAAAUACAAUUUUCAUUCAUUGGUUUAUUUUCCGAGCCAUACAUCAGUGAUUAAGAAUAGUUUUACAAACAAUGUGAAUUUUUAUCGUGAAAUCUGGGUUAAAAUCAUUGAAACUAUACUCUGUUAGCAAUAUUCGUAUCAAAUCAUGUCUGAAAAACCAGUGGUAGCAAGUGGGGCUCAGCCUAUAGUAAAAAUAGGGCAUUACACAUUAGGAGCCACACUUGGAGUUGGAACUUUUGGAAAAGUAAAGAUUGGGGAACAUCAACUUACGAAACACAAAGUCGCUGUGAAAAUCCUCAACAGACAAAAAAUAAAGUCUCUCGAUGUCGUUGGAAAGAUUAGACGAGAGAUACAAAACCUUAAACUUUUUAGACAUCCACAUAUUAUCAAAUUGUAUCAGGUAAUAUCCACACCAACAGACAUUUUUAUGAUUAUGGAGUAUGUCUCAGGUGGUGAACUAUUUGAUUACAUUGUGAAAAGAGGUAAACUACAAGAGCAUGAGGCCCGUAGGUUCUUUCAACAGAUUAUAUCUGGUGUGGACUACUGCCAUAGACACAUGAUAGUCCAUAGAGAUCUGAAGCCAGAGAAUUUGUUGUUGGAUCACAAUAUGCAUGUAAAGAUUGCUGAUUUUGGUCUAUCCAACAUGAUGAUGGAUGGGGAGUUUCUGCGAACAUCUUGUGGCUCGCCAAAUUACGCUGCGCCUGAGGUUAUAUCAGGCAAACUGUAUGCAGGUCCAGAAGUAGAUGUAUGGUCAUGUGGAGUCAUCCUGUAUGCACUACUAUGCGGUACACUACCAUUCGACGAUGAACACGUCCCAACUCUGUUCAGAAAGAUUAAAUCCGGAAUAUUCCCUAUCCCUGAAUACUUGAACAAGAGCGUUGUCAGUCUAUUAUGUAAUAUGAUGCAAGUAGAUCCCAUGAAGAGGGCAAGUAUAGAAGAUGUGAAGAAACACGACUGGUUCCAGAAGGAUCUCCCCGAAUACCUGUUCCCAUCACCUGUGGAGCAGGUAUUUAUUAACUAUGAUAGUGGAGUAAUAGAUACAGAAGCAAUAGCAGAAGUCUGCGAUAAGUUUGGAGUGCGUGAACAAGAAGUGCACAACGCUCUCUUGAGCGGAGACCCGCACGAUCAACUGGCUAUAGCGUACCAUCUGAUCAUUGAUAACAAACGCAUGGCGGAUGAAGCUGCAAGAGCUGAAAUCAAGGACUUUUAUGUAGCUAAUGCUUCGCCGCCCGCAGUGACUGAAACACACCGUCCGCACCCUGAACGUAUAGCCCCAUUGCGGGAUAAAUCGUCGCCCGCUGCUCAGCCCGCUGCUGAUAAGCAACGUGGCACGCCUGUUAAACGAGCUAAAUGGCAUUUGGGUAUUCGAUCCCAGAGCAAGCCAAACGAUAUAAUGUUGGAAGUGUUCCGCGCUAUGAAGGCUUUGGAUUACGAGUGGAAAGUCAUCAAUCCUUAUCAUGUUAGGGUCCGCACGCUCAACAAAAUGACGCAAAAGUACGUGAAGAUGUCGCUACAACUCUACCAAGUGGACUACAAGUCUUACCUCCUCGAUUUCAAAUCCCUCUCAGGGGAAAAAGAGGACCCAGAAGAUGAAACCGCCUCCCCCCUCGCACAAACCCCCGUCACCUCCCUCCCAUCCCCCAUGCAAACACAGGGUCACCACACUAUGGAGUUUUUCGAAAUGUGCGCAGCCCUAAUUAUUCAAUUGGCUCGAUAGAUAUCGUCAACCUGGUGAAAUAAAUCUGAAUUAUACAAAAAUGAUAAGCUGUA